AACAAAGGCAGAUUGAAAACUGGCUUGACCCUCCUGGCCACCAUGUCUUACGAUAUUGUGACAGUGAACAUGGAGAGGGAAGAGGUUUGCCUGCCACGCCUUGAUCCCCGUCUCCUGAGCACCACCACAGGAGGCACAGAGGCUUCGUGGCAGGACUGCCUGCUGCCCUUCGGACUGGUGCUGGGCGUCAUUGGGCUGGCAGCCACCAGUGUAGCGUGUGCCCACGAUCCUCCAGGCUCUGUAUUGGCUAUAAUUGGGUUCACCUUGCUUGGGGUUGGCGUGCUGGGGAUGGCCACUAGCUGCUGGUGCCGGCGUUACCGGAGGAGGAAGAGAGAGUGGGACGGCAGCUGGUCCGUGCUGGUGGGGGAUACACAAGCAAAAAAACCCAUUGUGUGAAGAUUCAAAUCCCCAAGUUGUCUGCCCACUAGAAACUGUUUCUGUAUCGAGUGCGAAUGCGUCCCAGAAGGCUGUGUCUAAGCAAAGACCCAUAGCAAACUGAUGCCAGAUUCCAGAAUCAAUUCUCAGAUUUCAAUUGAAACUAAAGGGCAUCCAUUCCAGGAUUUACAGCCAGCUGGUUCCUACUGUCCACCAUGAGCCAACCUCAGGAUGCUAAACGCUGGACCACUUUUAAUGUUGCUUUUCAUUCUAGUCAGGACUGAAUCAGUAAUGGUUUAUCUGUCUAGAUGGGUGUAUCUGCUUGACCUGGCACAAUCAGACCGCAAGAAGUGUCUGAUUUAGGGACAAGUCUUAGUAGGAAGUUUUGUGCACCGUAUUAAAAUACUCAGUAACAGAGGCCUCAUUUUUCUAAGUGCAAUCCUGGGCUAGAUUAGACAAUAUUUUUGCCAGUUGUUCCCCCGUGAGCAGUGGGAAUGGCAAGCGCCCUAGCCCACUCUCUGCCAGUAUGGUAGCC